AUAUGUAAGAUACACAUGGCUAGUGCUUGAAACUCACUUUUUUUUCUGAGCGAUUCUCUGUCCCAAUCUUCUCAAGCCCAUCGAAUCACAUUUUCUCACCUUCCAAACACACUCACUCUAUCUCUACAAACCCUAGCACUUGCUCUGUCGCUUUUGCGAUGACGCAUUCCUCUGCCGCCUUCGCGAACCAGAUUCGGUUCUUGCUUCAGAGCUUGAACGAAGAAAACGCUGACCAUGUUUUCGAGGAGCUCCGUGAGUUUGUUGAUUAUGGAAUUGAAGGUAGUGUGUUACUACUUGAAACCUGCUUAGAUUAUCUGAGUAGGGCAGAGUUGAAGAAUACACAGGUGGAAGCAAUUUGUGCUUCAUUAUUCAAGUACAUCUUUGAUAGACCGAAUUUCUGCACGAUAUUUUGCCAGUCACUAAGAAGUACAGCAAUCAGUGAAAGAUUUCUUGAAAAUCUCUCUAAUACCCUACACUUUUCAGCUUGUGAAAAAAUUGGCAUUGGUCUGGCUCUUUUGGAUUCUGAACAUCUUGAAUUCAGAACGUGUGGGAAGAAUUUCUGCAUGGCUCAGAUUGAGGAAUUGUGUGCCAAUCCUGUUCCCAUGAAAUCUGUUGAGCAAAUUCAGAAUAUCAUUAUGUACCUCCAUCAGGCUGAGGGCCUUUACCCGCUUUUAGAUUCCUUUAUACAGAUGUUAUCCUUAGUUCAUUUGGAAAGGGGUGCCUCCUUUGUUUUAGCUCCAUUGCUUUCAGAUGAAUUGCGCAAGGCAAACUUAUUGGGAGAUUUGGAUUUGUUCUGUGAAAGCAGGGAAAAUGAUUUUGAUGCUAUUCUAGCAGAAAUGGAGAAGGAAAGAAAUGUGGACAACAUUAUGAUGGAACUGGGUUAUGGAUGCACUGUUAAUGCUUUGCAGUGCAAAGAGAUUUUAUGCCUUUUCUUACCACUGACUGAAGCCACCAUUUCUAGAUUACUCGGCACAGUUGCACGCACCCAAGCUGGUCUCGGGGACAAUCAGAACACAUUUGUUGAAUCCCUCUCGGCCCUUGGUAGCAACAGUUUGUCCGAGCUGCCCUUAUUGAGCUCCUGGAAUAUUGAAAUCCUCAUAGAUUCAGUGAAGCAACUUGCUCCAGGGACCAACUGGAUAGGUGUUAUUGAAAAGCUAGACCACGAAGGAUUCUAUGUGCCAAAUUAUGAUGCAUUCUCUUUUUUGAUGGCUGCUUAUAGACAUGCAUGUCCGGAUCAAUUUCCACUGCAUGCUAUUUGUGGAUCUGUUUGGAAGAAUGUUCAAGGCCAGCUAUCUUUUCUUAAAUAUGCUGUAUCAGCACCACCAGAAAUAUUUACGUUUGCACAUUCUGCAAGACAACUGGCAUAUGUUGAUGCUGUGUAUGGCCAUAAAUUCCAACUUGGGCAUGCAAAUCAUGCAUGGUUAUGUCUUGACCUUUUGAGUGUGUUGUGUCAACUGGCUGAAAGAGGUCAUGGUAGUUCUGUCCAAUCAAUGCUUGAGUAUCCUCUAAAACACUAUCCUGAAAUCCUGCUUCUUGGACUUGCGCAUAUUAAUACUGCAUAUAAUGUCCUCCAAUAUGAAGUGUCUUCCAUUGCUUUCCCCUUGAUUGUUGGGAAUUCCAUGGGAAAUGGUAUGAUUCUUCACCUCUGGCAUGUUAAUCCUGAUCUUGUACUGCGGGGAUUUGUAGAUGUUCACAUCAUUGAUCCAAACAACAUGACUAGAAUUUUGGAUAUCUGCAAGGAGCUAAAGAUUCUAUCACAAGUAUUGGAAUUAAUUCCUUCUCCUUUCAGUAUCAGACUUGCUGCCCUUGCUUCUCGACACGAACUUGUGGACCUUGAGAAGUGGUUGCCUGAUAAUUUAACCACAUACAAAGAUAUUUUCUUUGAGGAGUGCCUUAAGUUCUUAAGGGAGAUUCAAUUUGGUGCAGCACAAGUUUCUUCCAGUUCUUUCCAUCAUUCUGGUGCCAUCAUGGAUCUUUAUUCAGAGACAAGUUCUACCUUCUUGAAGGUCCUUCAUGCUCAUACUGGCUUGGUUACCUCUAGCCAGCUUUCUGAAGAAAUGGAAAGGCUGCAUGUAACAAUUAUGCGUGCUAAUCCUAAAUUUCAGAGCUGUGGGGCUACGGAUUCAUCAAUCUCUGAUCGAUAUGCAGCGGAUAUUGAGGCAGAAUCAAACUCCUACUUCCUUCAAAUGUAUUCUUGCCAGCUGACUGUUGAUGCAGUUGUUUUAAAGCUUUCUCAAUUCAAGGAGUCUUCUGAGAAAAGGGAACAAUUAAUUUAUGAAUGCAUGAUUGCAAAUCUCUUUGAAGAAUGCAAAUUCUUCCCCAAGUAUCCUGAGAGGCAGCUCAGAAUUGCUGCAGUUCUUUUUGGUUCUGUGAUCAGCCAUCAACUUGUUACUCAUCUUUCACUUGGGAUCGCCCUACGCUAUGUGUUGGAUGCAAUGCGUAAACCUCCAGAUGCAAAAAUGUUUGUAUUUGGAACCAAAGCCUUGGAGCAGUUUGCAGAUCGUUUAGUGGAAUGGCCACAGUAUUGCAAUCAUAUCUUACAAAUAUCUCAUCUACGUAAUACUCAUCCAGAUCUUGUUGCUUUUGUUGAACAAACUCUUGCAAGGGUUUCAUCAGGGCAUUUGGAAUCAGAUGGAGGCAACAAUAGUGAUGAUCAACAUCAUGGUUCUACACAACUUACCUCUGUGAAUAUGGAGAUGUCUGCAUCAUCAUUACAAUCACUUGGAGCUAGCAGCAUACAGUCUGGGCAGCCUGGGCAGCCUUCUUCACUUCCACUUCAACAUAGACUUCAAAGUUCUCUUGAUGAUAGGCAUAAAGCAUCUGUAACUUUAUCUAACUCCACAAAACCACUUGUAGCUCCUGCUGGGGAGCCUUUGGUUGCUUCCUCGGGUGAUGCAACUAGUAUUGACAAGUCUCUGAAUUCAAUUAAUGCUCCAGCCACUGUGUCUUCAUCUCCUGGAUCUAUCCGUCCUCUCCGAGGGAUUACUUCUACUAGGUUUGGCUCUGCUAUGAACAUUGAAACGCUUGUGGCUGCUUCAGAGAGAAGAGAAACUCCCAUAGAGGCCCCAGCAUUAGAGAUUCAGGACAAAAUAUCAUUUAUAAUUAAUAAUAUUUCAGCUGCAAAUGUUGAGGCUAAGGCAAAAGAAUUUACUGAAAUUUUUAAAGAGCAGUACUAUCCUUGGUUUGCGCAGUAUAUGGUGAUGAAAAGAGCAAGCAUUGAGCCGAAUUUUCAUGAUUUGUACUUGAAGUUCCUAGACAAAGUUACUUCAAAGGCCUUGAAUAAGGAGAUAGUCCAAGCCACUUAUGAGAACUGCAGAGUUCUUUUGGGAUCAGAGCUUAUAAAAUCAAGUUCAGAAGAGCGUUCACUGCUAAAGAAUUUGGGUAGCUGGCUUGGGAAAUUUACAAUUGGUAGGAACCAAGUUCUGAAGGCCCGUGAGAUAGAUCCCAAAUCAUUGAUCAUAGAGGCAUAUGAGAAGGGGUUGAUGAUUGCUGUAAUUCCAUUUACCUCCAAGAUCCUAGAACCUUGUCGGAACAGUAUAGCAUAUCAACCUCCUAAUCCCUGGACCAUGGGUAUUCUUGGAUUACUUGCUGAGAUCUAUGUACUGCCAAAUUUGAAAAUGAACCUAAAGUUUGACAUCGAGGUCCUGUUCAAGAACCUUGGUGUGGAUAUGAAAGACAUAACACCAACUUCUCUCCUUGAAAACCGUCCAAGACAAGUUGAAGGGAAUCCUGAUUUCUCUAACAAGGAUAUUGGGGCGUCCCAUCCACCAAUGAUUUCUGAAGUUAAAUCUGCAAUAGUAUCUACGCCAAAUAAAGUUGAGUUACCUGUUGAGGUUGCCAGUCCUCACACUGGUGGGCACACACAUUUGUUAUCUCAGUAUGCUGCUCCUUUUCAUCUUCCUACUGGAACAUUGAUGGAGGAUGAAAAGCUAGUAGCUCUACGCUUGUCUGAUCAGCUACCUUCUGCUCAAGGACUGUUACAAGCCACCCCAUCACAAUUACCGUUUUCUGUUAGUCAGCCUACUACCCUAAUACCUAAUAUUGGAACUCAUGUUAUCAUCAACCAGAAGAUUAGUGCUUUGGGCUUGCACUUGCAUUUUCAGAGAGUUACUCCAAUUGCCAUGGAUAGAGCUAUCAAAGAAGUAUUGAGUGGUAUGGUUCAGCGGAGUGUUAAUAUAGCUUCUCAAACGACAAAGGAGCUUGUUCUAAAGGACUAUGCCAUGGAGUCAGAUGAGGCACUCAUAUAUAAUGCAGCACAUGCGAUGGUAUCAAAUCUGGCAGGAAGUUUAGCUCAUGUAACAUGCAAGGAACCACUACGGGCUUCAUUGGCAAGGCAACUGGGGAAUUUGCUUCAGGGUUUGACUAUCUCCAAUGAACGUCUAGAACAAGCUGUACAACUUGUUACCAAUGAUAACCUUGAUAAGGCCUGUGCAGAAAUGGAACGAGCUGCAGCGGAUAUGGCUGUACAAACAAUUGACAAGGAACUAGAGAUACGACUUUCUUUAAGAAGGAAGCACAGAGAAGGUAUUGGUUCCACUUUUUUUGAUGGAAGCAUGUAUACACAAGGUUCUAUGGCUGUUCUACCGGAGGCCCUGCGCCCUAAACCUGGCCACUUAUCCCUUUCUCAGCAGCAGGUUUAUGAGGGCUUUGUUCAGCUUCCUAGGCAAAAUCAAUCUAAUGAAGGCUCAAACAUGUUGCCUGCUGAUUCAGCUCCACCUGGUGGUGCUGGCCAGUCUGUUUCACAUGGUUCAGCGUUAGUACAACUUGACCCCACUAUUUACUCAUCUAGCCCUGGAAACUCAGGGCUCAUGGCAGUUUCUCAGUCCUUGGAUUUCGUCACUGAGGAUCUGGAGUCUACUUCAGUUCAGCUCCUUAGUGCUUCCUCAACUCACAUGGGAAUGGGGGAUGGUGUUAUCAAGCACAUUUCCGAAAAUGAUUCUGUUGUUGCUUCAUUUCCUUCAACUGCUUCAGCCUCUGAUUUGCAUUCUGUGGAACCAUCCGAUGCUGUGAAAGAAUUGGUAACUGCUUCACAAUCAUUUCCUUCAACUGUUGCCUCCGAGCGCCUUGGAAUUAGUAUCUCAGAAUCUUUGGUCACAAGGGAUGCAUUGGAUAAGUAUCAAAUUGUUGCAGAAAAGCUGGAAACUUUAGUAGCUAAUGGUGCUAGUGAAUCAGAGCUUCAGGGCCUUGUUGCUGAAGUUCCUGAAAUUAUACACCGAUGUGCUAGUCGAGAUGAGGCUGCUUUGGCUGUGGCUCAAAAGGUUUUUAAGGGUCUGUAUGCCGAUGCAUCAAACAGUUCUAAUGUUGCUGCUUAUCUUGCAAUUCUGGUUGCCAUUCGUGAUCUUUGCAAGCUUGUUGUUAAGGAGCUCACUAGUUGGGUGAUUUACUCAGAUGAGGAGCGCAAAUUCAACAAAGAUAUUAUUAUUAGCCUUAUUCGCAGUGAAUUGCUGAACCUUGCUGAGUAUAAUGUUCAUAUGGCAAAACUUGUUGAUGGAGGAAGGAAUAAAGCUGCAACAGAGUUUGCCUUUUCUCUUCUCCAAACUUUGGUGAUUGAAGAACGUGGAGUCAUUUCAGAACUUCCCAAUCUUGUUGAUACAAUGGCAAAGAUUGCGAGUAAGCCUGGAUCUCCUGAGUCAUUGCAACAAUUGAUUGAGAUUGUCAAGAGUCCUGUUGCUAAUAUGGAUGCUCUAUCUGUUAAUUCUCUUGGAAAGGAGGAUAAGACAAGACAAUCUAGAGACAAGAAGGCUCCUAUCCACUCUGCAGCCACCAGGGAAGAACAUAACAAUGGAGAACCUGUGGAACAAGAUCCUACUGGUUUUCGUGAGCAGGUUUCCAAGCUGUUUGUGGAAUGGUACCGCAUAUGUGAACUUCCUGGUACAAAUGAUGCAGCUUGUGCACAUUACGUCUUGCAGUUGCAUCAAAAUGGACUGCUGAAAGGAGAACAUAUAUCUGAUCGCUUUUUCCACCUGCUUAUGGAAAUUUCUUUUUCACAUUGUCUUUCUUCUGAGGCAAUCAUUACUGGUCCACUACAAUCACAUCAGCAAGUGCAUAGCAUGUCCUUCUUUGCCAUUGAUAUCUUUUCAAAUCUUGUGUUUUCAAUCCUGAAGUAUUCUCCCGUGGACCAGGGAUUCAAUAAAUUCAAUCUCAUUUCCAAGAUUCUGGCAGUAACUGUGAGAUUUAUUCAAAAAGAUGCUGAGGAGAAGAAAACAUCUUUUAAUCCAAGACCGUAUUUCAGAUUUUUCAUUAAUUGGCUAUCAGAACUUGGUUCCCCUGAUCCUGUCUUCGAUGGUGCAAACUUUCAGGUUUUGAUAACCUUCGCUAAUGCAUUUCAUGCUUUGCAACCCCUCAAAAUUCCUGCAUUCAGCUUUGCAUGGCUUGAGCUGGUGAGUCACAGGAGUUUCAUGCCGAAAUUGCUAACAGGAAACCCUUCAAAGGGUUGGCCUCAUCUUCAUCGGUUGUUGGUGGACUUGUUCCAAUUCAUGGAGCCAUUCUUGAGAAAUGCCAUACUAGGAGAGCCGGUUCAUUUUCUGUAUAGAGGCACACUUAGGGUGCUGUUAGUGCUACUUCAUGAUUUCCCGGAGUUUCUAUGUGGCUAUCAUUUUACCUUCUGUGAUGUGAUCCCUCCAAGCUGCAUACAGAUGCGAAACAUUAUCCUUAGUGCAUUUCCCCGAAAUAUGAGGCUUCCAGAUCCAUCUACUCCCAAUUUAAAGAUAGAUUUGCUGGUGGAGAUCAAUCAGUCCCCACUUAUUCUCUCAGAUGUUGAUGCGUCUCUUAAGGUGAAGCAGAUGAAGACCGAUGUAGAUGAGUAUCUCAAGAUGGGGCAACAGGGGUCGUCAUUUCUCAGUGGAAUGAAGCAAAGACUGCUGCUUCUGCCAAUUGAUGCUGCUCGCGCUGGAACCCGUUAUAAUAUACCCUUGAUCAAUUCCCUUGUACUUUAUGUUGGAAUGCAGGCUAUGCAGCAGCUGAAAGCAAGAACACCACCUCAUGUGCAGCCAAUGGCCAGCAGCCCAUUGGCUGGCUUCUUGGUGAGUGCUGCCUUGGAUAUUUUUCAGACUCUACUAGCAGAACUGGACACUGAAGGACGCUACCUCUUUCUGAAUGCGGUUGCUAACCAACUACGUUAUCCAAAUACCCAUACACACUACUUCUCCUUCAUUCUUCUUUACUUGUUUGCGGAAUCAAACCAGGAAAUCAUUCCAGAGCAGAUCACUAGAGUGUUGUUGGAACGCCUUAUUGUCAGUCGACCUCAUCCAUGGGGUCUUCUGAUUACCUUCAUUGAGCUCAUCAAGAACCCUAGAUACAAUUUUUGGAACCGGACCUUCAUAAGCUGUGCACCAGAGAUCGAGAAGCUCUUUGAAUCAGUCUCAAGAUCAUGUGGGGGUGCAAACCCCUUGGAUGAGAGUACCGUCUCGGGUGGAUUUUCUGAAAAUAUGCACUGAAUCUUCCUUGUCCAAACUAUCACUCUUCUUAUUGAAAUUCUUUUUCAUCACUAUGAGUUAGGCACACAAACUAAGAAGAAUAAAAAUAAAAACAACAAAAAGAAAGGAAACAAAAACACCCUACUAGUGACGUGAAACUUAUGGAUUCCUAAUGCAAAUUCAUUUGGAACAAAACACUCAAAUUUCAUGCUUCUGCUAUUAUUUCGUGUCCUCGUAUUAAAUGGUACGAAGGAUACACCUAACAAAUGCAUGCUAGAAUGCUGCCAAUUAUGUAAGGUGAGUAUGUCAUUGAACCACAAGUUUUAUUUCAUGAGCUUGAAGUUAGGUUUUGCUUGA